AUGAACGAUUUAAGUAAAAGACCGGUAUUUACUCAGCAAGAAAUUGUUAACGAAUUGCAAAAAGUAGCAUUACUGGACCGAAUCCUUGCUGAAAGUGGUGCUUUAACAUUAAAGCAUUUGAGCGAUAUCGUCAGUAAAAUUGAUAAGAAUAACAACUUCAAAAAAUUGGAUGACCUAGUGGCAUUUAUCGGGAUACGUACCAAUGUCUUUGAAAUGUCUUUCGAUCUUGUCAAGAAUCAUUCGCAAGAAUUUCGCGAAAUGUUCGGAUAUUUAAUAAAUUUCCUAUGUGACAUUGAUCAGUCAAAGCGUAAUGUGGAUGUUGUAACUCAAGUUAUCAAGAAAUUUAAUACUAUAGUUAUACGAGAAGUUGGUAACACGGAAAAAGAAGUACGUCGUUUUUUAGAGAAACAUAGGAACUUUUUCAUUUUACGCCGAAACAAUACCGUUAUGCUCAAUCCAGUAUGUAUGGAAAUUCCAUCAGCGUGGGAACGUAGAGCUUUACCUACUUAUGGCAGUGGCAUAAGAUAUGAUAGAAGUAUUGUUUUGGAUGGUAUAGGCAAAGUUGUUAGCGCAAUGAAUUGCACAGGGUAUAUUAAAAUUGAAAUAAUUCGAGGGCCUUGGACGGCUCAGACGGUAUUCGGCUUAAGCAAGAAUGUAUCAAAUGAAGUGAAUCUAGCAAAUAAAUAUCCUGUAGGGACAUUAGUGAAAAUCUUAGCUUAUCGAGCAUAUGAGGCAUGUCAUCCUUGGACAGCUACAAAAGUGAUUUUGGCUGACGAUCGUGAUGACAUAUGGUGUGUUGGAGAAACAGGAAAAAUGGACAGAUUGCUUGAAAAAUAUCAGCUGAAGGACCGCACUUUAACCAAAAUUGGACACUCUAACCAGCGGAAUGCAAAAAUUACCGGAAUGAAAUCAUUUAAUAGUAGUCCAAAUCGAACAUUGAAAACAAAGUCCGAUAAACGCAGUAUGAGUCCACAGUUUAUGGUAAAAUCGGUUAAUGGUGAAGCAGAAGAAGCUGGAGCAUUUAGAAGGAAUUCUGCCAAUACUGAGGCAUAUAUGCAGAUGAACUCAAAUUAUUGGAUGUUUUACAAUGAUGUUAUUCAUGAUGAGAUAAGAAAAAUGCAAGAGGUGGAUGAAUGUUUGCGUGAUGGCGCCAAAACAUUUCGACAGAUAUUCAACAAACUUAUUGAAGGUGAUACUUUUGCUUAUUAUUCCUAUAUGGUUGAUUUUAUCGUUGUCCGCUCACAUCUCUACGAAAUAUUAGAUGAUCAUGUUCGGAUGACAAGCUACACAUUUCGUACUGAGAUGCUUAAAUUUCUUUGUUAUAUCGACGAAAAAUCCAGGGAAAACAUUACCGUAAAUACAUUGCGUAAAUUGAUUAAUGCUAAUGAUGGUGGUUUCAUGGAGGAAUUGCUGAGUCAUGCUACAAAUGCAGACACAUUUCUGAAAUUCAUCGAGAAACAUACGUCACUCAUUGAAUUAGCUGAAGCUUUCGCACAUGCGCACGACAUAACUCUAGGAAGGUCAGAAGUGCACGACACAACUCUAGGAAGGUCAGAAGUGCACGACACAACUCUAGGAAGGUCAGAAGUGCACGACACAACUCUAGGAAGGUCAGAAGUGCACGACACAACUCUAGGAAGGUCAGAAGUGCACGACACAACUCUAGGAAGGUCAGAAGUGCACGACACAACUCUAGGAAGGUCAGAAGUGCACGACACAACUCUAGGAAGGUCAGAAGUGCACGACACAACUCUAGGAAGGUCAGAAGUGCACGAUACAACUCUGGGAAGGUCAGAAGUGCACGACACAACUCUAGGAAGGUCAGAAGUGCACGACACAACUCUGGGAAGGUCAGAAGUGCACGACACAACUCUAAGAAGGUCAGAAGUCUACGACACACUUCCAGCAAGGAACCGAGAAGAAUCGGAAAAUAAUAUGACGGAUAAAAUUGCUAAUCUAGCUUUAAUGGCUGGUGGAAAUGAAUUAGUUGAAGCAGCGCAAUACUAUGAAAAUAUACCUGGACAAACUGAUAUAGCUGUCAUGUUAUAUCAUAAGGCAGGUAUGAUUAGUCGAGCACUUGAUCUGGCAUUUCGUACUGAUCAAUUUAGUGCAUUAGAUUUGAUCACUAAUGAGCUAGAUGAAAAUUCGGAUCCACGAAUACUUGAACGAGCUGCGGAAUUUUUCAAAAAUAAUCAGCAAUAUAACAAAGCAGUUCAACUUUUAGCAUAUUCUAAAAAGUAUUUCGAAGCAAUUGAUUUAUGCAAACAAAAAAAUGUUCCAAUGAAUGAAGAAUUAGCCGAAGUAUUGACACCUUCGAAAGGUGAAAUAACGGAUGAAUCUAAUCGGAAAAAACUUCUCGAAUUAAUAGCAGAAUGUUGCGUACAACAACAAAAUUAUCAUUUUGCAGCAAAAAAAUACACUCAAGCUGGAAAUAAAUUAGAUGCUAUGCGAUCAUUAGUGAAAUCAGGCGACACUGCAAGAAUUGUAUUUUUUGCAAAUGCUGCAAGAAAAAAGGAAAUUUAUAUUUUAGCAGCAAAUUAUUUGCAAACAUUGAAUUGGAAAGAAGAUUGUGAUUUAAUGAAACAAAUUGAAUUAUUUUACAAUAAAGCUAAUGCAUAUGAACAUUUAGCAAGCUUCUAUGAAGCAUGUGCUCAGGUUGAAAUUGAUGAUUAUCGUGAUUAUAAUAAAGCAGCUGAUGCACUUAAUGAAGCAUUGCAGUGUAUUGCAAAAGCAUUACAAAAUAAUCCUAAAAAUCAGGAAUAUUUAAUGGAAAAGCAAACUGAAUUAUAUCAAACUAUUGGGAAUAUUAAAGAAUUCAUUCAAAUUAGAACUAUUUAUGAAUUGGAUCCAAUUGAUGCAAUUCGACAGUUAGAAGCAUUUGCAGAUGAUAAACAAGUUUGUAAGAAUAUACGACUUGGUGACAUCUAUGCUGUGAUGAUUGCAUAUAAUGUUCACAAGGAAAACUACAAAAAAGCAUAUUCACUAGUACAGCAAUUGAAGGAUCGUGAACCAAGCAUCGAGCUAAAUCGCUAUGUCAACAAGGAAAUACAAGAUAUCAUUUGUGAAAAAUUGAAGUUAUCAUCUUUUAUCACUGAUAACAAAAAUCUGUCAGAAUGUGAUAAUGAUCAACAAUCUACUAAUGAUGAAGAAGUGGAUUAUAGCUAUGCAAUGAAGCGAAAUUUUCAAUAG